CCGGGGAGAGGGGGACCGGAGUGUGUUAGGACUCGAUUACUUCGGACUUGCGGAGGCCUACCGGGCGAGGACUCCGCGCCCAAACCUAGUGCUCGUCUACAACUUCGCUUGAGAGGCGGGCGAGGCCGCUGGACUCCAGGGAUCCCUCUGGGGCCGCUCCAAAGGAGCGAAGCCGGCCGCAGCUUCUGCCAUGGUUGGGCCCGCCGUGCUGCGCGCUCUGCGCAAGAACAAGACCCUUCGCUACGGAGUCCCCAUGUUGUUGCUGGUUGUUGGAGGUUCCUUCGGGCUGCGUGAAUUUUCACAGAUUCGAUAUGAUGCUGUGAAGAUUAAGGUUGAUCCCGAAUUGGAAAAAAAGUUGAAAGGAAAUAAAAUAACUUUAGAGUCAGAGUAUGAGAAAAUAAAGGACUCCACUUUUGAAGACUGGAAGAAUAUUCGAGGCCCGAGGCCCUGGGAAGAUCCUGAACUCCUCCAAGGACAAAACCCAGAAACUCUUAAGCCUAAGGCAGCCUGACUGUGCUCAGCUUUUCAAUAAAAUGUCCUCACCUGACCCUGUACUCCACUAGGAAGAAGAUUCCAGACCUUACAGACUUGGAUGUGAGUAAUGUAAUGGCAGAAUGUUUUGAUUAAAAAGGCAAAUGUGAGUCUUUAUGCUUCCCAGUCAGUCUGAUUGCAGACGAAAGGAGCAGUGUUGAACACACACGCAUGCACACACCCUAGUAAAAAUGUGACCACCAUAACAAGCCAUACGUCCUCCCUCUCUACCAAACACUAGUACAUUUUGCUAUCUCAUUUUGGAUUCUGAUGAAAAUCAUAGGCUGGGAUUCAAAUUUUCCCAAUAAAAUUGUGACUUUAUGUUAAACUGAUAAGUGGUCAUAAUCUAGUAAUGGUCUGUCUUUUAUUCCUAAUACUUCAUAAAGCAGCCUCUGAAACCAUUGAGCCAAUUAAGGAAAUUGUAUCAUUUACUGAAUUCAUGUGCAUGUGCAGUGCAUGCCGGUAGGAAGAUACG